GCCUUGCUCUGCUUCUUUACUGGGAUAGGAGCCACUAGGAUCUGGAGCUUGAGAUUCCAAAUUAAAGCUGGCCUCUGGCCAGGUGACCUUUUCUUUGAUCGGCCAGCAAGUCCGCAGCAGCAUGUGGGUGACCAAACUUCUGCCAUUCCUCUUGCUGCAGCAUGUCCUCCUACACCUCCUGCUGCUCCCCAUCGCCAUCCCCUACGCAGAGGGACACAAGAAAAGAAGAAAUACACUUUAUGAAUUCAAAAAGACAGCCAAGACUACUCUAAUCAAAGAAGAUCCAUUACUGAGGAUUAAAACCAAAAAAAUGAACACAGCAGACAAAUGUGCCAACAGAUGUGUUAGGAAUAAAGGACUUCCAUUCACUUGCAAGGCCUUUGUUUUUGAUAAAGCAAGAAAGCGAUGUCUCUGGCUUCCCUUCAACAGCAUGUCAAGUGGAGUGAAGAAGAGGUUCGGCCAUCAAUUCGACCUCUAUGAACAAAAAGACUACAUUAGGAACUGCAUCAUUGGUAAAGGGGGAAACUACAAGGGAACAGUAUCUGUUACCAAGAGUGGCAUCAAGUGUCAGCCUUGGGCGUCCAUGAUACCACACGAACACAGCUUUUUGCCUUCGAGCUAUCGGGGUAAAGACCUACAGGAAAACUACUGUCGAAAUCCUCGAGGGGAAGAAGGGGGCCCAUGGUGUUUCACAAGCAAUCCAGAGGUACGCUACGAAGCCUGUGACAUUCCUCAGUGUUCAGAAGUUGAAUGUAUGACCUGCAAUGGAGAAAGCUAUCGAGGGCCCAUGGAUCAAACCGAAUCAGGCAAGAACUGCCAGCGCUGGGAUCAUCAGACACCACACCGGCACAAAUUUUUGCCAGAAAGAUAUCCCGACAAAGGCUUUGAUGAUAAUUAUUGCCGCAAUCCUGAUGGCAAGCCGAGGCCAUGGUGCUAUACUCUUGACCCUAACACCCCGUGGGAGUACUGUGCAAUUAAAAUGUGUGCUAACGGCACUGUGAAUGACACUCAUGUCCCUAUGGAAACAACUGAGUGCAUUCAAGGUCAAGGAGAAGGUUACAGGGGAACUGUCAAUACCAUCUGGAAUGGCAUUCCUUGUCAGCGUUGGGACUCCCAGUAUCCACACAAGCAUGAUAUAACUCCUGAAAAUUUCAAGUGCAAGGACCUGAGAGAAAAUUAUUGCCGAAAUCCAGAUGGGGCUGAGUCACCCUGGUGUUUUACAACUGACCCAAAUAUCCGAGUUGGCUACUGCUCCCAAAUUCCAAAAUGUGAUGUGUCCAGUGGACCAGAUUGUUACCGUGGAAAUGGGAAAAAUUACAUGGGAAAUUUAUCCAAAACAAGAUCUGGACUAACCUGUUCAAUGUGGGACAAGAACAUGGAAGACUUACACCGUCAUAUCUUCUGGGAGCCAGAUGCUAGUAAGCUGACCAAGAAUUACUGCCGGAAUCCUGACGAUGAUGCUCAUGGGCCCUGGUGUUACACGGGGAACCCCCUCAUUCCUUGGGAUUACUGUCCCAUUUCUCGUUGUGAAGGUGAUACCACACCUACAAUAGUCAAUUUAGACCAUCCUGUAAUAUCUUGUGCCAAAACAAAGCAGUUGCGAGUUGUAAAUGGGAUUCCAACACAGACAAAUGUGGGAUGGAUGGUCAGUUUGAAAUACAGAAAUAAACAUAUCUGCGGAGGAUCGUUGAUCAAGGAAAAUUGGGUUCUUACUGCAAGACAGUGUUUUCCUGCUAGAAACAAAGACUUGAAAGAUUAUGAAGCCUGGCUUGGAGUUCAUGAUGUCCAUGGAAGAGGAGAAGAGAAACGCAAGCAGGUUCUGAACGUUUCCCAGUUGGUAUACGGCCCAGAAGGAUCUGAUCUGGUCUUGCUAAAGCUUGCUAGGCCUGCUAUCUUGGAUAAUUUUGUUAGUACAAUUGACUUACCUAAUUAUGGAUGCACGAUUCCUGAAAAGACCGCUUGCAGUGUUUAUGGCUGGGGCUACACUGGAUUGAUUAACUCUGAUGGUCUGCUGCGAGUAGCACAUCUCUAUAUUAUGGGGCAUGAGAAAUGCAGUGAGCACCAUCAAGGCAAAGUGACUCUGAGUGAAUCUGAGUUGUGUGCUGCGGCUGAAGAUAUUGGCUCAGGACCCUGUGAGGGGGAUUAUGGUGGCCCACUUGUUUGUGAACAACAUAAAAUGAGAAUGCUCCUUGGCGUCAUUGUUCCUGGACGUGGAUGUGCCAUCCCAAAUCGACCUGGAAUUUAUGUCCGGGUAGCAUACUAUGCAAAGUGGAUACACAAGGUUAUUUUAACAUAUAAGGCACAGCCCUUGUAGCUGAAGUGUCUGAAGCUUCCAUCAACCUGUGAAAAUCUUACAUAAAGAUUUCAGAGAAUGUGGAACUAGUGUCAUCUUAAAGAAUUCUAAAAUAAUUACUUGAGUGUCCUGUUUGUUAAGAUACUCAUUAAUAUAUAGGGAUGUUAUCUGUUUUUCUGUUUGUCAAUGUUAUUUUUGUAAAUGUUGAAUUAAGGUACAUGCAAGUGCAGUAACAUAUCUCCUGAAGAUACUUGAAUGGAUUCUUUAAAAUGCAAAGGUAUAAUUGCCAGAUGAAAAAGAUUGAAUACAGAAGACCAAUUAGUCACUCACUAUGCUGCUUUCCAGGUUAACUUCUUAAUGAUAAAUAAACCAUAAGUUAAAUAUUAUUUUAACCUCACAACAACAAUUUAUAACUCGUGUUCUUAAAUUGUACGUCUACAUUGAACUAUUACUUUUCAUGUACCACAUGUUAUAUUUCAUCCAUUCUUUCUCUCCAUGUAACCUGCAAUACUGGCUUAUGAGUAUACUUAACAAAACAACAAACUAUAACACGCUCGUUACAAAUGAGCCUUCCAACAUAGGUGUAGUGCACUGCAAUUAAAAAUGUGGUGUCUUCAGUAUAACUUAAAUAUUUUGGAGGUAUGUGUCUGUAGUUGUUCUCCAAGAAAAAAAAGUAGAAAAAAAAUUUAAAAGCAGUAAAAAAAUAUCCAGGAAUGGUAGAGAAUAGAAAUGACUAUCCUGUGUGCAAAAUCUAUAGAUGGCCUCCACUGGUAGGCAUUUGAAAUGAGGUCAGGACCACUACAAAAGUUAUGCCUAAUCUAGGUGUUUACAUAUAUUUAUUAUCAUAGAUAUUUCCUGUCAUUUUUUAAUUAUUAAAGGGAAGAGAAUAAUGUGUGUAUUUGUAUUAUUACUUUCCUCCAAAUCUAGGAUCAUUUAUUUAUAUACGAUAUCUAUAAAUCUAUUUUCCUAAACCGUUUCUUAAAUUCUCAAAUAAGAGUCUUAAUGAAGACAUAUAUGUAUUUUUUCUUUGAAAGUAUCUGUAAAUGGGUAAAAUCCAAGACUUGCUGCUGUGAUUGGCAUCUAACUCAUUGUCCUUAAAUUAAAAUAAUAAUAACAGUUAUAGGAUGAUGAAAGUUUCCAUGUCUCCAAAGAUUUAUCAAUGGCUCUUCAUAAAGUUAUGCAUAAAAGCAUAUUUUGGAUGGCAAAAUGAAAAUACAUUUUUGAACUUGAAAAUUUGUUACUCUAUGGAAGUUUUAUUCUUAUAAAAGGGGAAAAGUAGUAUAAAAGGAAGGAAAAUAACUAGUUUGUCUAAACUCUGUAUUUGAUUAUAUUGUUCAAAAGUUAUUUGAAUCUGAUAGAUCAAAGUUUUAAUCAAUAUAUUUCAUUUUUCUCACUUUAUUUAACAUAACAUUCUGCUAAUGACAUAGGAAAUAUCCUUUUACAUUUUACAAUUCCCUGUCAUGGCUAAAUUGU